AUAGGGGCGGGACCCGUUGAAGAGUUUAUCAGUUUGCUGCGGCACCCGAGACCACCACCCUGAUCUAGAGGUAGCUGCGGACUUAAUUGCUGGCCUGAUAAGAGCCUUGGAGCGGGCAGUCAAGAUGAGUGACAAACCAGACUUAUCUGAAGUUGAAACAUUUGACAAAUCAAAGUUGAAGAAAACUAAUACUGAAGAAAAAAAUACUCUCCCAUCAAAAGAAACUAUCCAGCAAGAGAAAGAAUACAAUCAAAGAUCAUAAAAUGAGUCUCCUUUCAAGAGCAGCUUCAACAUUGCCUGACAGCCUUGGCUUUAGGCUUGUUUCUGUAAACCUAUGUGAUAUGUAGAAAUUUUAGGCAGUUCCUACCCUGGCUGAAAGAUCAGCAUUUGCUACCAAUCAUUAAAUUUGUUUUCUGCUGCUCA